AUGCAACUAAGAAGGAGUCCCAAACCGCCAAAAUCUCCCACAGCGGCCGACCCCAGCUGUCGCCGCAGCCAGACGCCGGUUAAAGACCCGCCCCACGGGCAUGAUCCGACAGUGAAGGUAUAUGUGAAAGUAAAAAUGAAUAGCCCGUACCUCCUCUGCAUGGAUGAAGACACAGCAAACACAGAAUUAAUAGACCCCUACUACCUGUGGAUAGGGCCUAAUGAGAGAAACCUUAAAGGGCAGAUUAACACGGAUAUAACUGAAACAGGAAAGCUAAUGUUGAAGCCUUUUCGUAAAAUCAUGUCGGGUACCUACAGCUGUACACUUUCUUACAGAACCAUCAAUAAUCAUUUUGAAGAAGAACUGACCCUCAAACUAUUUACUUUUUUAGUGCUUGGAUACCGGGAGCCAGAUUACUCAUACCAGAUAAACGUGCGGUACGCCACAUUGGCCUGUCACCAGCUUGCCAACAGCCAAUUUUUCGAGGGUCUUCUCAGUACAGUCAGAGGUCUUAUCGAUGGCCUGACCUGCAAGCUGACAAAUUUUUAUCAUAGUUGUCACGCCAUUAAAGAACCAGAAGAGAAGCUUCAAAACGAACUCUUCCUUUCUUUCAGAGUUGAUCCAUUUGGUAAAGGCUGGGAAGAAAUAUGCAGUGAGGUCAUGUAUGAUUGCGAAGAUGAAACAAAUGCUCGGGUACAGAAGGCUAGAGAUCUCAUCGAGAAAUUCUUCAUUCGGCAGCCGAAUGUCCUAAAAAAUGAAUUUGCAGACCCCACAAAAAUAUAUUAUAUUGAGCACAGUAUUGAGAUUACUCGUAUUGACAAUUGUCGUUCGGGCUUUGGGAAAAACGAGAUCACACACAAUGACUGCGCUAACUGCUGUGUAGUGUGUGAUCCCAAUACAUACAAUUCGAUGAACAAUGCCCACUGUCAAGUCUGCAACGACAUCCAAAUUCCAUACUAUGGAGCAACUACCUGCUAA